AUGGAGAAGGUGAACAUCGAGCCUUGUGUGAAGAUGGACACCCAAACCCUUGACCUUCUCAAGAUAAGAGAUGAUGUCACAUGGUACAUAAGGAAGCUAGGCUUGAGCAAGCUCUUCAAGCUAGAGUGUAGUGAGUACUCACAACUCACCAAGGAGUUCCUCUCCACAGUAGCUCUUGCCUUUCCCAACCACAAUGGAGACCAACCAGCUGGUGAUGGACUCCUACUCUUCAAGAUAGGCGAUGCCAAUGGGCGCAUCUCCAUCUCAGCUCUAUGCCAACUCUUUGGACUUCCCAAUGAGACAGCACAUGACUUCAAGGAGAACUCAAAGAGGAAACAAGCUGCCUUUGCUGAUUGGACACACUUUGCCAAUGAACCAUUCUUGCCUUCAAGAUCAAAGGUGUCUAGAAUCACUCAUCCAGCCAUUCGCUAUGUGCACCGCCUCAUCUCCACCACUUUCCAAUGCAAACAAGAAGCCAACAAGGUCACAACUGAUGAGUUCUACAUCCUCACCACACCAUUCAUCAAGCAUGAGUACAAGGCCAACCUUGGACUUUUACUUGCCAAGACAUUAUCAAUGUGA